AAGUCAUUCAUUGUGUACUUUGGGGUAAACAAGUUGAAAGCUCCUUGAAUACUACUACUUCCUUUGUUCAUUCAAGAAAUUAUAAUUUCAAUGGCCAAAAUUCAUCCAGAAACACUCAAGCACUCUUCUUCUAAUUCAUUUUCCUUUCCUUGUUAUGUGACAUCCACAAGAGAAACAUUUACUAUAUUGAUGAAGUCCCUAGUAUACCAUGGGAAUGGUUGCACUGUCUUUAAUUCUAAAGGUGAAAUUAUUUUCAGAGUUGACAAUUACCAAGAACGAAAUAGCAAUGAAGUGUUCCUCAUGGAUCUUUGUGGACAAGUUCUCUUCUCCAUUAAAAAAGAGAAACUAAGAUUACUUGGUCGUUGGAGUGGAUAUUUAAGUGGUGGAUUUAAAGGGAAGCCAUGGUUUCAAGUGAGAAGAAAUUGGAAGUUUUCAAGAGGAAACGUUAUUUGUAAUGUAAAUUUGGGGUGUGAAAAAUCUUUUGAAAGUUGCUACAAAAUUCAGCAAAUCGACAAAAAAUCAGCAUUUCGAGUUUCAAAUAAUGUUGGUCAACUUGUUGCAGAGGUAAAACAAAAACAAUCAUCAAGAGGAUUUGGAUAUGGUGAUGAUGUGCUAACUCUAGAAGUGGAACCUCAAGUAGAUUAUUCAUUUAUUGUGGCUCUUGUGACAAUAUGUGGUUUGAUCAAACGCAAAUUAUAAAGAAUAAUUAGACUGAAAUGACUUGCACAAGAUAAUCAUAGAUGGACAAUUAAACACGAGGGUUAUGCUUGUUACGAAAAAUUCUGAAAAGUUAAAAUAGAUGGACAAUUAAAUACGAGGGUUAUACUACGAAAAAUUCUGAAAAGUUCAAAUAGAUGGACAUUUAAACACGAGAGUUGUACUCGUUAGAAGAAAUCUUGAAAAGUUUAAAAUUCAUGGACUCCUCAGCAUGAACCAUGUUGGGCUUCAUGUUCAUUUUGGGCCGUGUGAGGAAUCAAGACCUAUUCUGACUGAGCCCUCUAAUUCACCCACCACUAAUGUAGAGCUAAAUUCUUAUGUAUUUUGAUAAUUUUGCCCUUGAUGUAUAUAUGUUUUCAAAUAUAGUCUAUUUAGUUUAGCUGA